CCCCUCCACCCCCGUGACUCCCUCCGUGGCGGAUUGGAUGAGUAUAUAAAACCAAAAAAAAGAAAAAGGCAGCGCGCUGACAGCAAAGCAGCUCAGACCUCUCCCAACUUUACUCCAGGUGAAUCUCACAUGCGUGUUAUGGAGCGCACUUUCCGGGAGCAGCUCUUCUUUCUGCUGUUGUGUCUGUCCGUCCUCAAGGGAGACAGCAGGUACAUCGAGAACAACGACAUCUCCAAAGAUGAACUCUUCUCGAUUUUAAGCUCGGAUCUGAGGAGGGAAAUACCCGAGCUGUUGAUGUAUCGCAGACCUUUGCGUUGCCUGGACAUGGUGGCCGUGGAGGGUCAGUUCACCUUCACGGCUGAGACCCCGCAGCUCAGCUGCGCAGCUUUCUUCAUGGCGGAGCCCUACGAGCUGAUCACUGUGGAGUUUGACAGCGUGGACAUCGACUGCAGUGGAGGAGACUUCAUUACGAUGUUUGACGGCUGGGUGAUGAAGGGCGAGAAGUUCCCCAGCUCCCAGGAUCACCCGCUGCCUCUGUACGAACGCUACGUGAAUUACUGCGACUCGGGAGCCGCGAGGAAAAGCGUGCGCUCCUCCCAGAACGUGGCCAUGAUCUUCUUCCGCAUUCACGGCGCCGGCAGCAGCUUUGCGCUGACUGUCAGGAAGCACGUCAACCCCUUUCCCUGCAAUGUCAUCUCACAGUCACCAGAGGGCAGCUACACAAUGGUGACUCCGCAGCAGCACAGAAACUGCAGCUUCUCCAUCAUUUAUCCAGUGGCUAUCGACAUCUCAGAGUUCAGCCUGGGACACCACAGCAACUUCCCUAAGAGAUCCGUACCUGGCUGUGCAGAGUCUGGGGAUUACGUGCAGCUGCUGGGAGGAAGUGGCAUCGACACGUCUAAACUGCUUCCCAUCACAGACCUCUGCAUCUCCUUCACUGGACCCACCCACAUGAAGAUCGGCUGCGACAACACGGUGGUGAGGAUGGUGUCCAGCGGGCGGUUCGUCAGCCGCGUGUCUUUCAGCUACAGGCUGCUGGACAGCCAGGAGCUACAGACCAUCAAACUCAACAACGUGGAAGAUUUUUGUUUCAACAACUGAUCCCAGUAGGGUCAUGAUGUGACACAUUUGACUGCCAAACAUUUCUAAAGUCACCUUUUUUUUUUUCCACACCCAGACUAAAAUCCGAGGCGACUGAAGUAAAAAUGAAAACUAAUAAAUAUCCUAAGGCUACGACAUUUACUGGCAUUUUGAAUGAAUUCCCCCAUGUUCUUGUUUUAAUUUAAUUGUAUUGUUUUUGAUGGCUCAUUGUUGUAGCAUCUCAGCUGUCGUUUGUAUUUAAUGCUUUGUUUAUGACGUGUAUUUAUUAUUGACAUGGGAUUAUUGUGAUAAAGUUACUUAUGAGUUUGUGGUUCUUGAAGACGAAUGGUGCUAAAAUGAGCGUUGUGUCUGUUCUGUUUGUGCGAGCGUGCCGAGUCAAUUCAUGUGAAGCAGAAAGCAAAUAAAAAAAAUGUGAGUAUCUGGUGCCAUUAUGCAGUUAAAUUUGGUUUAAAACAAAGAAACAAAACACACUUUUGUAAUAAAUUUAUACUGCAUGGCAAAGCA